UGAGGAUUUCCGUUUCUCCACAUCCUCACCAACACUUGGUGUUAUCUUAUUUUUUUUCCAGUGGGUGUGAAAUGGUAUCUCCUUGUGCUCUGUAAAUUUUGAAUGAAUAUUUGAAUGAAUAAAUAAAUAAUCGCUGAUGCUGGACAGAACUUGGGUUUGAACCCUUGUGGCGGUACUUAAGUUGUGUUACCUGGAGCAAGUCACAUCCCCACUGUGGGACACAGGGAUCCCAAGACACAAUGGUGAUGCCCUGAGAAGCAGAGUAUCAGCUAUGGAUUACGUACCCGCUAAAAGGUGGCUACCAUCAUCAUGGCCACCAUCGUCACUGUUAAUAUCAAUAUUAUUAUUAUUGUUACCAUCACCCCAGAGAUGAGUGCACACCAGUGACAGGGAUGAUGGCAGCUAACACCUGUUCAGUGCUCCCCACAACACACCAGGCUCCAUUCUAAGCAUCUGACACGUAUUAAUGCUUUAAUUUACACAACAAUUCUGUGAGAUUGGUACUGUGAUUAUCGCUGGUUUACAGAUGAGAAAGCAGAAGUUCAGAGAGUUUAAGUUACUCGCCUCAAUUUAGAGUUGGAAAGCGACGGGGCCAGCAUUGAACCCAGGCCCCCAGCUCCGAAGCCUGUGCUUUCCAUCACUGCAUCGCACUUCCUGCCCUUACAAGGCAAACUGGAUGAGUGCCAUUCUAGAGGAGCAGACAAAAUUCAAGUGGAGGAUCAAGGAGGGGAAGACGAAGUCCUCUCGGCCUUGGUCAGGGCAUCUCAUCUGAGGCCCCCGAGGAGCGAGGAGCAAGGCACACAGUUGUGGAAUUUGCUCCUCAUUUUGCAUACUGGCGUGGCUCUGGUAACGGAGCUGAAGGCAUCUUUUGUGCCGUUGCUCAGCAGUGAGUGACGUCAUGGGCACUGUCAGGUCUUUAUCAGUUCUGCCAGAUAAAUAGCUAACCGUACGUGUUCUGGAGGAGCCGGCAAGGUACUGAGCAGCAGAGCACUUGGGUUCUCAAAUAAGAGGUGAGUUUGGGGCCCUGAGGAGCUGUGUGGAGGGGUGUCCUGGCUCUACUGGGGGAAGGGACAGGAGACAGGGCAUGACCAGGAAGACAGGCAGGCUGACCCCACUGGGGAAAGCCUCAGGGCCGUGAGGGAGUGAGGGUGGUGACAGUGUUCCCUGCUGGCAGUUGAAAUGCUGCUGGUGGGAGCAGGAAGAUCUCAUCCAGACUGCCCUCUCUGUGUCUGUCUGUCUGUCUUUCUCUCUCUCUCUCAGCAGUGGCCAUGACCAUGGACACAAGCCUGGACCAGUCCUUCUCCCCCGGGAACCACUGGCUCUUCUUCUCCGUGUACCUCUUCUCCUUCCUCGUGGGGCUCCCCCUCAACCUCGUGGCCCUGGUGAUCUUCGUGGGCAAGCUGCGGCGCCGCCCCGUGGCCGUGGACGUGCUCUUGCUCAACCUGACCCUCUCGGACCUGCUUCUGCUGCUCUUCCUGCCUUUCCGCAUGGCGGAGGCGGCCAGCGGCAUGCACUGGCCCCUGCCUUUCAUCCUCUGCCCCUUCUCCGGAUUCCUCUUCUUCACCACCAUCUAUCUCACCUCUCUCUUCCUGGCAGCUGUGAGCAUCGAGCGCUUCCUGAGUGUGGCCUACCCACUGUGGUACAAGACCCGGCCAAGGCUGGGACAGGCUGGCCUGGUCAGUGGAGCCUGCUGGCUGCUGGCCGGUGCUCACUGCAGCGUGGUCUACAUCAUCGAGUUCUCGGGGAACUCCUCCAUGGGCCAGGGUAAAAAUGGGACCUGCUACCUGGAAUUCCAGGAGGACCAGCUGGCCAUUCUCCUGCCCGUCCGGCUGGAGAUGGCCGUGGUCCUUUUCGGGGUGCCCCUGCUCAUCACCAGCUACUGCUACGGCCACCUGGUGUGGCUGCUCGGCAGGGGAGCCAGCCACCACCGGCGGAGGAGGGUGGCGGGGCUCGUGGCAGCCACGCUGCUCAACUUCCUCGUCUGCUUUGCGCCUUACAACAUGUCCCAUGUCGUGGGCUACGUCCAGGGCAAGAGCCCGACAUGGAGAAGCUACGUGCUGCUCCUCAGCACCCUGAAUUCCUGCGUCGACCCCUUGGUCUACUACUUCUCAUCGUCUGGGUUCCAAGCCGACUUUCACGAGCUGCUGCGGAGGCUGACUGGGGCCUGGGGCCCCGGGAGGCAGGAGAGCAGCGUGAAACUGCAGGAGAGGAAGGAAGGCGAGGGGCAGCUGCAGGAGCCAUCCCACAGAGAGGACAGGUAGAGCUCGCCGGAGGGCCGUGGAGCGGGCGUCAUCCCCAGGGAAGCUCCUGGCUCGUCAAGCAGGCCCUUGGAGUGGCAGGCAGGGGACCGUGCACCCGGGCCGAGCAGGCACCCAGCCUUGCUGAGGACGUGCUCGCCAAAGCCCAGCACUCGAGCUCACCACGCUGCCCUCCUUUCCCAUCCCCACACGCUAUGGAUUCGGCCCCGGGAUGCAGUCAGGGUGAGAGUGCUCCAGAGAAAAUGAGCUCCCCAUGGCAACGGGCCAGCUGCUGUGGUUCUCUGAGGGCAGAGGAGGAGUCGAGGGCGGCGUCCAGGGCCCGAGGGAGCUGCCCAGUGACUUGGGACAGGAGAGAGGAGGAAUGGACCCUUCGGAGCUGCUCACCCGGCAGGCUGGGAGUCGGGGACAGGACUUCACGCCUGAGGGAGCAGCCUGCUCUCACAUGGGCUUUUCCAGAAAGUUUCUAUUGUCCAAUCAAGUCAGAUUUUCAGGGACGUUUAUGGAAAAUGACAGAAGAAAAAUUACCUAAAUAAAUCUGGUAG